AAAAAAAAAAAAAAAAAAAAAAAAAAAAAAAAAAAAAAAAAAGAUAAUUGCUCAUAUUGUCUCACUAUUGGCUGUUAGUAGCCUCUUCAAGUUAGGUCCUUUUGACAGGAUCCUAGUAGUCUUCAGUAAUUUCCUUGCUAUUUGGUGUAUAGCAAGACGCACUAGGGUCAUUUUGUGUAUUUUUUUUGCCCUAAAUAGGAAUUAGCUGUUGUGGCGUGCAAUAUAAUCCCUUUUAGUGGGAAGUGAUAUUUGGAGGCCACAAUUUGGGCAUUAGUAACUCUUUGAUGUUUAUAUUUUUCUAGAUUUCUUUUCUAGGCACUCUGUAUGAGUGGGAGGUGGUGGAGUAUCGAUAUAGUAUAUUAAAUAUAUAUAUGUAUAUAUAUAUAUACACACAUAUAUAUUUGGGGAUGUUUGUAAAAGAAAAAAUAGACUAUAUAGUUUUUAAGCUUGAUUUUUAUUUACUUGGUAUUUUGUGGAUAUUCUUUUAUAUCCAUUCAGCCAGAUAUACAUAAUUAUUUUUUAACAAAGUACACAUCCAUAAAGUAAACAUAUAAGUAGUUGAUCUUUCCCCGUUGAUAGCCAUUUAGGGGUACACACACACACACACCCCUUUUUACACAUAUAGGUAUAUUUCUGGAGGAUCAUUUCUUAAAUGAGGGAUUACUGAAUUAAAGGGAAUCAUAUUUGUUAGGGUAGGCCGAGCUCCUAUAAAAUAGAUCUAAACACAUAAUAGAAUAUUUUUUCUGCCAUAUGUAAUUGUUUUGAGUGGGUGUAACUUUUGAUCAGUCAGCCUUCCUCCACACUGUCAUUCAGGUACCUAGGUUCUUUCCAUAUUGCAACUCUGCGAUGUCCUAAAACCUCAUGACGUUGGUAUCCAGCUGGUAGAAAGGGUAAGAGUGUGGCGGAAUCAUUCCACUUUCCUUUAAAGCCCAGGCCUAGAAGUGGGCUGUCUCCCGUGGGCCACAUCUAAUUGCAAAGGUAGCAGGAACAUGUCAGCUAGCUAUGUGCCCAAGCAAAUGAGGAAAGAAUGAUUUGAGGAGACAGAUGGCAGUCUCUAUCUCGGGUAUGCAUGUUUGAAAUUUGCAAAGACACUACCAAAUUGUCCUUCUAAGAAAUUGUACUAAUUUAUACUCCCAUGAGUACUCUCCAGAAUGCCCCUCCCCCAUCCUUGUCAACUCUGGCUGUUAUCAGUGUGGUGGUUUUGUUUUUAACGAUCUGGUAGAAUAAAAGUGGUAGUAUCUGGUAGAAUAAAACCGUAUUUUUAUUUUCAUUUCUUUGAUUAUGUUGAAAUUGAGCACCUUCAUAUUGCUAAGGCUAUUUUUUCCCUUGUAAAAUGGUCAUUUUUUUCCACAUUAUUCCCUGUAUUUCAAAUACAUUUUUAUAUUUUGGGGGGCAUGUUCUCCAUCACAUUUCUUUUUUGAUAGUUUUCUUGGCUCUUUUUCUAUCGACUGUCAGAAUUAACUUACCAAGUUAAAAAAAAAAAAAGAAACCUAAGAUUUUGGUUUGAAAUGCAUUGAAUCUAUAGAUUAUUUGGGGGGGGGGACCUUUUUAACCAAAAAUGGGUGUUCUCAUGUGGCAACUAUUGGGGCAUAGCAAACAGCUACAAAUCUCAGGGCUUAACGAUAGUAAGCACUCAUUCCUCACUUUGGUAGGGAUCAUCUGGGGUCUGCUGGCCUCCACCAGCCCCGCCUGGUGUUCUGCUUCAGAUUUUAGGUCCAUCUGGGUGGUGUGGCACUUUAUUGCAGUUUGGUCUCUGGUCAGCUCUACGGGUGUUCUUCUUUGGGCUCAAGCUAGAGAGCAGCAGCUACCCAGAGGUGAGCUCAUCUCCGUGGUUAUAGCAGAGAUGCAAAGGGACAGGCAGAAGAAUCCAGUGCCUCUGAAACUUUGGUGUGGCACACUGCCAGUCCUGUUCACAUUCCAUUGGCCAACAUUAGGAAGAUGUCCAAGUCCACAGCCAAGGAGCAACAAAGUACCUGUCAGCAUUUAUAGGAAGAACUCACUUUCAUGGCAGAAGGUUAAUGCUUCAAGAUAAUCAAAAUGUGGAAGCUCUAAGAAUCCUGGCUCUUUACUAUUUGUGUAGGGAGGGGGACAUAGAGAAGGCUGCCACCAAGCUGGAAAACUUAGAAAAUGCAUUGGAUGCCACAGAACCACAAAAUGCUCAACUUUUUUAUAAGAUCACAGUAGCCUUCAGCAGAACUUGUGGACGAAGUCAACUCAUUCUUAGAAAAGUUCAGACAUUACUACAACGAGCUCUUGCUUUAAACCCUGAGCAAUCAGAAUUUGCUACAGAACUUGGAUACCAAAUGAUUUUACAAGGAGACAUGAAAGAAGCAUUGAAGUGGUAUAAUACCGCCAUGAAACUGGAUGAAACUAGUGUCCCCGCACUAAUUGGAGUUAUCCGAUGUCAAUUAAUAGAAGGGCAGUUACAGGAUGCAGAUCAGCAGCUCGAAUUCCUUAGUGAAAUUCAGCAGUCUAUUGGAAAAUCUGCGGAAUUAAUUUAUUUACAUGCAAUUCUUGCUAUGAAGAAAAAUAAGCGACAAGAAGAAGUUAUUAAUAUGUUAAAUGAUGUUCUGGACACUCAUUUUUCACAUUUAGAAGAUUUACCACUUGGCAUACAAUAUUUUGAGAACUUAAAUCCUGAUUUCUUACUAGAAAUUAUUACAGAAUAUCUGAAUUUCUGCCCAAUGCAGCCUGCAAGUCUUGGGCAACCUCUUUCUCCACUUCUCAGACGUUGUACCUCAAUCCUGGAGACUAUAGUAAGAACUGUACCAGGUCUACUGCAAGCUGUCUUCCUUAUAGCAAAAGUGAAAUAUUUAUCAGGUGACAUUGAAGCAGCUUAUAAUUACCUGCAGCAUUGCCUAGAACACAAUCCUUCUUAUGCAGAUGCGCAUCUCCUGAUAGCUCAGGUUUAUUUGUCUCAGGAAAAAUUCAAAUUGUGUUCUCAGUCACUUGAACUUUGCCUGAGCUAUAAUUUUAAGGUGAGAGAAUGCCCUUUGUAUCAUUUGAUAAAAGCUCAGUCACAAAAGAAAAUGGGAGAAAUAGCAGAAGCAAUUAAAACCCUGCAUAUGGCAAUGAGUUUACCAGGAAUGAGGAGAAUUGGAGCUUCCUCAAAAUCAAAACACAGAAAAACUGAAGUUGACGCAAACCAUCGUUUAUCAAUCUUUCUUGAGUUGGUAGAGGCUCACCGCUUAAAUGGAGAACAGCAUGAGGCAGCGAAAGUUAUACAAGAUGCCAUCCAUGAAUUUUCUGGGACAUCUGAAGAAUUGCGUGUUACUAUUGCUAAUGCAGACCUAGCUCUGGCCCAGGGAGAUGUUGAGCGAGCUUUAAGUAUGCUUCGGAAUGUUACCGCUGAACAGCCUUAUUUCAUAGAGGCCAAAGAAAAAAUGGCAGAUACUUAUCUGAAGCACAGAAAAGAGAAAAUGUUAUAUAUUACUUGUUACAGAGAAAUUGCUGAGAGAAUGCCCAGCCCUCGUUCUUUUCUUCUCCUUGGUGAUGCAUACAUGAAUAUACAAGAGCCAGAAGAAGCCAUAAUAGCGUAUGAGCAAGCAUUAAAUCAGAAUCCCAAAGAUGGAACACUGGCAAGCAAAAUUGGGAAAGCACUUGUCAAAACUCACAACUACUCAAAGGCAAUCACUUACUAUGAAGCCGCUCUGAAAAGUGGACAACAAAAUUAUCUUUGCUAUGACCUGGCUGAGCUUUUAUUAAAAUUGAAAUGGUAUGACAAAGCAGAAAAAGUUCUUCAACAUGCUCUAGCUCAUGAGCCUGUAAAUGAACUGUCCGCUCUCAUGGAGGAUGGACGUUCUCAUGUUCUCCUAGCAAAAGUUUAUAGUGAAGUGGAAAGACCUGGUGAUGCCAUAGCUUCAUUACAACAGGCUCGAGAAUUACAAUCUCGGAUACUAAAACGUGUUCAGAUGGAACAGCCAGACGCAGCUUCUGCACAGAAGCAUUUAGCAGCUGAAAUUUGUGCAGGGAUUGCCAAACAUUCUGUUGCUCAGCGAGACUAUGAAAAAGCAAUUAAGUUUUAUAGAGAGGCUCUUGUUCAUUGUGAAACAGAUAAUAAGAUUCUGUUGGAGCUGGCUCGAUUGUACCUGGCACAGGACGACCCUGAUGCCUGCCUGCGGCACUGUGCGCUGCUUCUCCAGAGUGACCAGGACAAUGAAGCUGCCACCAUGAUGAUGGCAGAUCUCAUGUUCAGGAAACAGGACUAUGAACAAGCAGUGUUUCAUUUACAGCAGCUUUUAGAACGCAAACCAGAUAAUUACAUGACAUUAUCUCGUUUAAUUGAUUUCCUGAGAAGAUGUGGAAAACUUGAGGAUGUUCCAAGAUUUUUCUUAAUGGCUGAAAAACGUAACUCCAGAGCAAAAUUGGAGCCGGGAUUUCAAUACUGUAAAGGACUAUAUCUUUGGUAUACUGGAGAACCAAAUGAUGCCCUUCGACACUUUAAUAAAGCUCGGAAAGACAGUGACUGGGGCCAAAAUGCCCUUUAUAAUAUGAUAGAAAUCUGUCUGAAUCCAGAUAAUGAAACUGUUGGAGGUGAAGUAUUUGAAAAUCUGGAUGGAGACCUAGGGAAUUCAACUGAGAAGCAAGAGUCUGUGCAAUUAGCAGUGAGAACAGCAGAAAAACUCCUUAAAGAACUAAAACCUCAGACCAUUCAGGGUCAUGUACAGCUUCGCAUAAUGGAAAACUAUUGCCUAGUCGCUACCAAACAGAAGUCUAAUGUUGAACAAGCAUUGAAUACCUUCACCGAAAUAGCAACAUCUGAGAGGGAUCAUAUUCCAGCACUUUUGGGAAUGGCAACAGCUUAUAUGAUCUUGAAACAGACUCCAAGGGCCAGAAACCAGCUAAAGCGGAUUGCGAAAAUGAACUGGAAUCCUAUUGAUGCUGAGGACUUUGAGAAGAGUUGGCUGCUGCUUGCUGAUAUUUAUAUUCAAUCAGCAAAAUACGACAUGGCAGAAGAGCUAUUAAAACGGUGCCUGCGUCAUAAUAGGUCUUGCUGCAAAGCUUAUGAAUACAUGGGAUACAUUAUGGAAAAAGAGCAAGCAUAUACAGACGCUGCCUUAAACUAUGAGAUGGCAUGGAAACAUGGCAAUCAGACAAAUCCAACAGUAGGAUACAAAUUGGCAUUCAAUUACUUAAAAGCAAAAAGAUAUGUGGAUGCAAUUGACGUAUGUCACCAGGUUCUUGAAGGACAUCCAACUUAUCCAAAAAUCAGAAAGGAUAUACUUGAUAAGGCCCGCAUGUCUUUGAGACCUUGAAAACUGUUAAUAUUUAGUUUGUUGAUGCAGCAGGAAAUGGAAGGAAUCAGUUCUUCUGGGACAAAAUAGGUUUGAGCUAAAGCUCUAUAACAGAAGCAUCCUUUUCUUUCUCCAGCAGAGGCUGCUAUUGUAUAUAAAGAGAAAUGCUGUGUCACAUGGAUGGUUUCUAAUGGAGCAGGUGACUUAAAGCUGGUUUAUUUGAUUGCCUGUCUUGAUUAGGAAUAGAUUUGGUGUCUCUGUGGUAAAGAUUAUAACCCAUUUCUAUAAAGAACAUUUUAUUAAAUACUAGGUCAUUAAGUAUCCUAUACCUUUUCUUAGGAACAUUAGUUGUUUAUUUCAGGAAAUAUAUUUAAAACACUAUUGUUCUUUGUUAACAUUCUUUGCUGUUUCAAAGGUUUGAAAACAUUUUCUUGUUAAUAAUGUAUGAAAAAUAAAAAGUCUAUUUUAAUAAAGA